UUUACUAAGUCUUCCAAAUGACUUGACUCGGAACAACCCUCAAGACUUUUUCUACUUUCUCCCAUUAUAGCUUCGUUUUUGGUGUCCUCUGUCAAAUGGAAGCUCUAAACUUCUUCAUGGAGAGGUUUCAUUUCAACUUCGUUGUCUUCCUCCUCGUGCUUUCCUUUUUAGAGCUUUUAUUGAUCAACUGUGUUGCUGCUGACCGAUGCCUUGAAGCAGAGAACUUAGCACUUCUCCAGCUAAAGAAAGGUUUUACCACUCGAAAGCCAGAGUCAUGGCUGUCGGGAAUGGACUGCUGCAGCUGGGAGGGCGUGACUUGCGAUGAACCUGGAAGGAUCACUGGACUCAACCUAGGGCUUCGAUUCAUCACUGGUACAAUUGAUCCUAGCCUCUUCAAUCUCACAUCUUUAGUCACUCUCAAUCUUGCCCACAAUAACUUCGAUGGAAUUCCCAUUCCGGACUUUGGGUGGGACAGGCUUGUAAAUCUUUCAAGCCUUGAUCUUUCUGAUGCUGGAUUUGCUGGGAAGGUUCCUGUUAGCAUCUCUCGUUUGACAAAAUUGACUUUCCUCGACCUCUCCAGCAAUUCUCUAGCCAUUAAUCUGAUGAUUUUGCAAAACAUGAGCAAUCUGAAGGAGCUUAUUCUUGACAAUGUAAAUGUCUCAUCAUAUAAGAAUGAAUGGUGUGAUGUUCUGGUCAAUUCCACCCCUGUACUUGAGUUGUUGAGAAUGUAUAGUUGCUCCCUCUUCGGUGCCAUUUGUUCCUCUCUGCCCAUGCUCCCAUUUUUAUCCAUUAUCGAUUUUACAGAUAAUAAUUUGGACUCUAACAUCCCAAAUUCAUUUGCCAAUUUUUCAUCCUUAUCUGAGCUUCACCUUCGAAGUAACAAAUUUAAUGGAUUUUUUCCCAAUCAAAUCCUUCAAUUGAGAAAUUUGAAAUAUCUUGACAUCUCUUAUAAUCCAACACUUUCUGGUUAUCUUCCUGAUUUUCCAGAGUACAGUAAUUUAAGAACUUUGUGGGUUUCUAAUACCAAUUUCUCAGGGAAUGUACCUGACUCGAUUAGCAACCUCAAGUUUUUGACAAAUUUAGAUCUCUCAAGUUGUGAAUUCUAUGGUACAAUCCCAUCUUCUAUUGGGAAUCUAUUAGAGCUCGUGCAUUUGGAUCUAUCAUAUAACAAUUUCAACGGUGUUGUGGGGUUGGAGUUCAUCAAGGGUCUCAAGAAUCUCUCCGCAUUGGACUUCUCAAACAGUGGAUUUUCUUUAACUCUGCUUAAUGCAGAUAAUGGAUCUUUUUCAUCUUCAUUUCCCAAGAUGUCAACUUUGAUACUAGUUGGUUGCAAUCUAACUAAGAUUCCUACAUUCAUAAAAUAUCAAGAUCAGAUGACCAACCUGGACCUCUCAAACAACAUAAUUCAUGGUAAAAUACCGAGUUGGUUAUGGAGAAUAGGUGAUCUAAAACAGUUCACAUCUUUAAUCCCCUCCAACACCACCUCACAAUCUCAUUUAUCUUUCCUUUCUCUUGCAAACAAUAACCUGAUUGGAGAAAUACCACCAUUCAUCUGCAACUUAACUAGACUCACGAUGCUUAAUUUAUCUAAUAACAAGCUAACUGGUACUAUUCCACAAUGUUUGCUAGAAGAUGGAAUUGAUCUCCUUGUGUUAAAUCUAAGAGGAAAUCAACUUUAUGGAGCCAUACCUCAUGGAAUUAGUACAAAAUGUGAGCUACAAACCAUAAAUCUUAGAGACAACCAAUUAGAGGGAUUGCUUCCCAGGUCUCUAUCUAAUUGUCGAUCACUUGAAAUUUUGGACUUGGGAAAUAAUAACUUGAAGGAUACAUUUCCUUAUUGGUUAGGAAAUAUGUCUUUGCUAAGAAUUCUUGUUCUAAGAUCUAAUAAGUUCUAUGGGUUAGUUGGACCUCUUGAUGGAAGCCAUGAGACAAAUUAUGCUUUCCCUAUGAUGCAUGUCUUUGACAUCUCAUCCAACAACUUUAGUGGAAGUUUAACUGCAAAGUGUUUCAGUAGUUUUAAGUCAAUGAUGAUAAAUAAAGUAGAAGGAAUCCUUGAUCUUUUAUUUCAUUUAGGCCCAUACUUUAAUCUAGAUGUGCUCACCAUCAUUAACAAGGGACAAGUAAUGACACUGCAAAAAUAUGCCAUAUUCGCAAAGUCAAUAGAUUUUUCCAACAAUCAUUUUGAAGGAGAGAUCCCUUCAAUUAUUGGGCAACUUGUCUCUCUCCAAGUACUAAACAUGUCACAAAACUAUUUGACGGGUGAAAUUCCUCCAGAAUUAGGAAAUUUGGUACAGCUCGAGUCAUUAGAUCUUUCAAGGAAUUACCUUUCUGGUAAAAUUCCUCAGGAAUUUGUUUCAUUACAUUUCUUAUCAUAUUUAAACCUCUCCGACAACAAGCUGGUUGGAACAGUUCCACAAGGAGGUCAAUUAUGCUCUUUCACAAACACUUCAUUUGAAGGAAAUAAAGGGCUAUAUUGGUUUUUUUGCAACACAUCAGUUCUAGCAGCAAACAAUACAACCAAAUCACCUCCAAGUUUGGGUAACACAUCUUCAAAUAAUAGAAGUUACAUGAUUGUAUUAGGAAUAUUAUUUGGUGUGGGAUUUGGGGUGUCAAUAGCAGUCGUUCUGAUACUUGAUGUCAUGUUCUGUAACAAAGCUAGGAGGAGAAGCAGGAGACCUUCUCAUGGAUAACAUGAAACUAUGAUUCCUUCCAGGUAAGUGGUUUUUUUUUUUUUUUUGGUUCUUUUUGGUUCAUAUGUUAGAUUUAAUUUAUCUUGUAAUUCAAAGUUCUGCAUUGACAGGCGUAUGGUAUUGGCCUUUAUAGUUGGCUCAAUGAGCUUUUGCAUGAGUAUUUUAUACUUCUCCUUAUAUCUACUUUUUCUCAUUUGUUCUUUGUACUGGGAUAUAAAGAGGUCAGUAGUGUCUUUCAGCUAUUCUUCUCUUUAAUGCACAACUAGAUCUAAAUUGGUGGUAAAA